GUUGGGCCCGGUCCCGAGGGCUGCGGCGGGACCGGGGUGAAGACCCCGACGGCCACCAACCGGCGCUGCCGCAGCUCAGCGUCUGCGCUGAAGGGGAGGGGGCUCCAGCGCCUGUUCUGUUACCGCUUUCGUUCCGGUGCGGUUUCCCGCUGCCGUGCGGUCGGCAUGACAGCCGGCCGUCGCCCGGAGUCGCGAGCGGCUGUCGGGGGCUCCCGUGGAGCUUCCCGCUGGGCGCCCGGCGCUUCACGGCCGUGCGCGGGGCACCUGGGUGUCGGCUGCGCUUUGAGGCGUCCGGUACCGGGGCGACGUGGCCGGGCGAAGGCGCGUCCGGUGGGGAGCGGCGGGGAGCUGAGAACUGUGGAACCAUUGGAAUAUUACAGAAGAUUUUUGAAAGAGAACUGUCGACCUGAUGGACGGGAGUUGGGUGAAUUCCGGGCAACCACUGUCAACAUAGGUUCAAUUACAACUGCAGAUGGUUCUGCCCUCGUGAAGUUUGGAAAUACUACAGUGAUUUGUGGAGUUAAAGCGGAACUUGCUACACCCACAGAAGAUUCUGCUAAUAAGGGAUAUAUUGUUCCAAAUGUAGAACUGCCAUCCCUCUGCUCACCGAGGUUUCGCUCUGGCCCUCCUGGUGAAGAGGCUCAAGCAGCAAGCCAGUUCAUUGCAGAUGUGAUUGACAAUUCACAGAUAAUAGAGAAAGAAGACCUAUGUAUUGCAAACGGCAAGCUUGUUUGGGUGCUAUACUGUGAUAUUAUAUGUCUGGACUACGAUGGAAACCUUUUGGAUGCCAGUGCCUUCGCUUUGUUGGCAGCAUUAAAAAAUGUACAACUGCCGUCAGUUACUAUAAACGAAGAAACUGGUUCAUCAGAAGUUAAUUUUAAACAGAAGAAUCCUUUGAUGAUCAGAAAGCAUCCGGUUGCCACAUCAUUUGCUAUAUUUGAUGACACAUUGCUCAUUGUUGAUCCAAAUGCUGAAGAAGAAGAGUUAGCAACUGGAACAGUGACUGUUGUAACUGAUGAAGACGACAGACUCUCUUCUGUCCACAAACCAGGUGGCAGUCCUCUCACAGGAGCCAAGCUUCAGGACUGUAUCACCAGAGCAAUUACAAGACAGAGAGAAGUAAAGCAGCUGAUAGACAAAGUAAUAAAAAGUAUUAAGCCUAAGUGAACAAAAUGAGAUAUCUUUUUGAAAAUGGAUUGGUAAAAAUUGUAUUUGUUACAGUGUUCACAAACCUUUCAUACUAAAUAAACAAAUACCAAUACUACAUUUACAAAGUUCAUUUUGUCUAAAAUGUUUGUCACCCUUAUACUAUGUACAAUGCUGCUGAGUGGUAAAAAAUACAAGAUAGAACAUUCUGUUAAAAAAUUAAGUGACUUAAGGAAACCAGACUAGCUGCUUUAUAGAUGAAAUCUCCAAGUUCUGGAGGGUUGGCUUCCAAAAACAGUUAAUUUAUUUCAGUGUAACGUCAAAGUUCAUUUUCCCCACCAGUGAUAUAAAACACUGAUUUGAUUUGAAGCCUUCUCCUUUUUAAAUUGAAAAAAAAAAAAAAAAAAAAAAAAAGAAAAACCAAUCCCAUCUGAAACAGUUUUGUACUGGGGGGGGGGAGCAAGUCUCAGGACUGUGGAGGGGCCAGUGGGCCUCUUUUCCUUUUACUUUUUGAGUGGCUGCCUGAAUGCUGUUGCUGCCGCAGGUGAGCUGCUUGUGCCGCUGCUGCUGCCAUAGCCAUUUGAUGCUGCAAGAAUCGCAACUGCUGCCAUGAAGGAGAAGGGGGAGAAAAAGCUUGUUAGUGUUGACGAUAAAGCUUUGUUUCACAUCAGGAAGAAUGAGAGGAAGGGGUGUGGAAUAAAAGGAAAAGAAAACAAAAGAGGAAGCACCAGGUUGACAAAAGGAAUACACCAUGUGCUGGGGCAGUGAGUACAGUCAAGCAGCACCAGUGGCACAGAAGCCUGCUGAGGGCAUAUCUAACAUUUCACACGUGUUCUUGGCAGCUUUGUUUCUUUGCCCUUUCUCUCCAUCGCAGUAACUGCAGUAACUCAGCAACUUCAAUGAAUGUUUGGAUUACAUAGUACAUUUUAAUGUAAUACCUUCUCAGUGUAUGCAUUGUAUUUUCUACAUGUAUCACAAAGAGGAGGCUGUAUUACCAUUUUUUCAUAAAGCAGCUGAAAAACAGAGUGCUAAAGGAAUGCCUGGCCAGAGCUGUCACUUCCACAUACUGACCGUAGCAGUGUUACAUUCAAACUUACAUUGACCCUCUUUUCAAAUCUCUUGGCACCUGGCAGAGCUCAUUUAGGUAUGUGCCACAAGCACUCCUUGAAUGUUAGCAAAUCGGGAAGGUGGAUGGCUUAAAUGAGUAAAAAUAAAUUCAGUGCUCCAAGCUGAGAGAACCAGAUUUUAAAUCUUUUAUGAUAGUUUACAAAAUUCACGCGUUUUUCAUUUGCCAGACCGUAAGGACAUUAGUUGAAAAAUAAAAGUCAAAAUUGGGUAAAUUUUUGUUUUGUUUUGGAGCUGAGAAUUGUAUUUUUUAAAUCUUUAUUAUUCUUUUAAAACACAGUGAAGUUGCUGGAUUACUUGUAUCUGUUGCUGCUGCUGCUGCUGCAAGGCUUGUUGUUGUUGCUGUUGUAAGGCAGAAGAGAGCUGGAGUCUCUGCUGAGGAAGGCUUUGCCCAGGUCUGUUCACAGCAGAGCCAAGCUGAGACAACACUAAGAAAGGAAAGGGGAGAGCAGGCAGGUCAAAGAGGGCAGGUUGAGUUUGGCAGGGUCAGGGAAGGAAGACAUAGGAAUAGAGUGUAACUGAAAAGAGGGAUCAACAGGAUUAGUUCAGAGUUAAAUUGGAAACAGUGCAGAAUAACCAUGAUCUACACACUCUGUUUGUUAGUUAGAACAUAAUUAGAUUAUGAACUGCUUGUGGAGACACAAAGAGGUUUCUCAUAUUGGAUGUUAAGCACACAGUUAAAGAAAUGUUCCUCAAUGAAGUCUGGCAUGGAAGUUCUCUUAUUUUCUUUUUGUAUCAAGUGUGAUGUUCAUGUGAUAUCAAUUUCCUACACUUAACUGCCAAACAAAGCAGGAAAGUGCAUGCUUUGAAGUAGUUCUUGUGUAAUUCAUGUGCUAACAAUAAAUAGUAAAUUGUUCUGAUGUAACGUAAGACUUCUUUAAGACCAAA